UUCACAUCUCUCUCUCUAUCCUCUUUACUAUAUAUAUAUAUAUAUAUGCUCUACUUCACCUGACUCCAUUUUCACUUUCUUGAUCUCUCUCAAGAAAUUAAUCUGCUGCACUUUUUUGAAUCAAUCAAUCUUCAAGAAAGGGUGGUUUGGAAUUGGUGUGUGUUGAUUCAGUUGGAAAAGAGGAGCUUUUUGGUUCUUGAUUGGAUUUGGGGAGAAAGUUUGUGGCUUUGGGAUUCAUUCGUUAUGUGGAUAGCAACUGUUUGGAUUGACUCAAUUUUUUUGAAUCUAUGCUAAAGAUCUUCUAAGCUGAAGAACAUGUGGUGGUUGUGAUACAAACAAAAAAGUUGCAGUUAUAUCUCUAAAGUAGGCGGGGUAAUAGGAUGGGCUGUGAGUCUUCUAAACUUGCCUCGUGUUGCUGGAGUGGACAGAAUGGUCCUGUUCAUGAGGUUCAGAAUCCUGAUGAUGAAGAAAGAGCUGAAGUUAGUGAUUUGCCUACGUUCCGCGAGUUUACUGUUGAGCAGCUGAGAAUAUCUACUUCUGGAUUUGCUGUAGAGAAUAUAGUUUCAGAACAUGGUGAAAAAGCUCCUAAUGUUGUUUAUAAAGGAAAGUUAGAGAACCAGAGGAGAGUUGCUGUCAAACGCUUUAAUAGAUCUGCAUGGCCUGAUUCUCGACAGUUCUUAGAAGAAGCCAGAUCAGUUGGUCAACUCCGCAACAAUAAGUUAGCGAAUCUUCUUGGUUGUUGUUGUGAAGGUGAUGAGAGGCUGCUUGUGGCAGAAUUUAUGCCCAAUGAGACACUUGCAAAGCAUCUCUUUCACUGGGAGACACAACCCAUGAAAUGGGCAAUGAGGUUAAGGGUGGCUUUGUAUCUUGCACAGGCUCUCGAGUAUUGUACAAUCAGAGGGAGGGCACUUUAUCAUGAUCUUAAUGCUUAUAGAAUAUUAUUUGAUGAAGAAGGCGACCCCCGUCUCUCUUGCUUUGGUUUGAUGAAAAAUAGUCGAGAUGGAAAAAGUUACAGCACAAACUUGGCAUUUACUCCUCCUGAAUAUUUGAGGACAGGAAGAAUCACCCCGGAGAGCGUCAUGUAUAGCUUCGGGACACUCUUGCUUGACCUUCUCAGUGGAAAACAUAUUCCUCCAAGCCAUGCCCUUGAUCUGAUUAAAGACCGGAAUCUUCAGAUGCUUACGGAUUCUUGCUUGGAAGGUCAAUUUUCUUCUGAUGAUGGGACUGAAUUGGUAAGGAUAGCGUCAAGAUGUCUGCAAUACGAGCCACGUGAGCGGCCAAAUCCAAAGUCGCUGGUUGCUGCUUUAUUUCCUCUUCAGAAAGAGAUCGAGGUUCCUUCUCAUGCUUUGAUGGGUAUCUCACGUGAUGGUGGAACUAUGCCUCUGUCUCCACUUGGUGAAGCCUGCUUGAGAAUGGAUCUAACAGCCAUCCAUGAGAUUUUAGAAAAGCUUGGGUACAAAGACGAUGAAGGAGCAGCUACUGAGCUUUCAUUCCAGAUGUGGACAAAUCAGAUGCAGGAAACGUUGAACUCCAAGAAAAAGGGUGAUGCUGCUUUCAGGCACAAAGAUGCUAAGGCCGCCAUUGAAUGCUAUACACUGUUUAUCGAUGUUGGAACCAUGGUCUCCCCAACUGUGUAUGCACGGCGUAGUCUAUCUUAUCUCAUGAAUGAUAUGCCACAGGAAGCCCUCAAUGAUGCAGUACAGGCACAAGUAAUAUCUCCUGUAUGGCAUGUUGCUUCGUAUUUACAAGCUGCUUCUCUUUUUGCACUUGGAAGGGAAAAUGAGGCACAAAUUGCACUUAAGGAAGGUUCUGUUCUUGAAGAAAAGAAGAACACAAAUUCCUGAAAGUGGCGAGUUGAUCCACUGAUCAUUAUUUAAUUGCUCCGUUGCUAAUGGGGUUUGGACGUGGAUCACAAAAGUUCACUGGGGAGAGGCUAUUCAAUCUAUUGCCUCGUGCAUGCGAUCAUUAAGUAGGUUUGGUUUACUUCAGAGCAUUCUUUUGCUACAUAUAAUUGGAUGGGGUUGGUUUUAGUCACAGCUUUUGUGGACAGGUUAUCCUAAGCGCUCCGGUUGAAAUGGAUUGACAUUUUCCAAUAAACAAACUAUUCUCUGGGAAUAAUCAAAUGCCGUUGGUUCCUUAAGGAUCCAACAUCUGUGGGAAAAAAAGGAAAGCUGGAGACACUUCCUGUGCUGUAAUUUAUGUACAGUGCUAUUUAGCUGCUCAAAUUGUUUCGUUUCUCGCUCUCUCUCUCUCCGUCUUGUUAACUUCUUCUUGAAAUCAUCCGUCCGUGUCUUUCUCUCUUGGAGUUUGAGGUCAAUAUCCUUUCUUUGUGGUGGUAAUUUUACUUUUGCAGUGCUUAUGUUAAGUAAGUAAAACUUGUAACUGGUCUAAUUUUCUGAAUGUUGUUUGUAAGGUUUGAAUCUUUAUGUCAACAAUUAAUCAGUUUGAAUGCUUUUGUGGAUAAUUAUUUGUACAGAUGGUAGCUC